UUGAGAACCACAAAUGCUCAACACUUCAUGGUCAGCACUCUUAUCUUAUUUUCUCCAUCAAACUCAUGCCAAUGCCAAUGCCUCUUGGCACUACAACUCUGCCUCCCAAGCUUCCCUGGCCUCAUCUAAGCAGGCAAUCCAGGACUCUGAGUUUAGUCACAAGAUGUGAAUCUUCAGGUGGACAUGCAGAGCUUCAAAUAGGCUCUCCGGUCAUCAUCGUCGAAGCACCAGCGGCAUUAAAGACCGCGGCGUACAUGCCUUCACUGAGAGUAAACACUGGUCAGAUCAAGACCGGAGAUGUGGGAAGGAUUGUUGCAAGAAAACUGAAAGAUGUAUGGGCGGUUCGUUUAGCAAUUGGGACGUAUCUUUUAGAUGGCAAGCAUUUUAAGCCAUUAGAGAUUGAUGAAUGAAGGAUUGCAUCAAGUAAAGGUUCUCUUGUGCAUCUUCAUGACUUUUGGAAUGUUUGUGGGCAUUAAGCUCAUUGUGAAUAACAUUAUAUUCGUAUUUUCCACAUUGCUUAGUAUUUCCAGACAAUCCAACAUCCAUAAUGGUUUUUACUGCUUGUACAAACAAAAGGCAAUCUUUGUGCUUGGCUAUUAAGUUAUGCAGGUUUCUAAAUA